GCCUUUUCCGGAGCCGGCGGUGCGCGGCCAAGUUCAGCUGUUGCCUAGUCGUCUUCCGUCUGAACCUGGCCGUGGCGGGCCUGGGGAAGGGAUUUGCCUCAUUUCCGUCGCGCUGGCUGCGGUCGUCGGAGCGGGCGGUGCCGGCGGGAAAGGAGAGAGAGAGACAGAGACAGACAGACAACACUUCCACCGUUGGUUCACUUCCUAAAUGCCUGUGACAGCCAUAGCUGGGCCAGGCUGAAGUGAGGAGCUGAAAACUGAAUUCCUGUCUCCUACAUGAGUGGCAGGGACCCCAGGACUUGAGCCAUCACCUGCUGCCUCCCAGGGUCUCCAUUAACCCUGAACAAAGAGGAAUGGAGGUUGCCACUUCCUUUGUGGAUUCCUAAGCUGUCCGGAGGAUCUUAUAAUCAAGGAAGAGACUGUUCGGGCACAUUGCACCAUCACCCUCACAGGAUGGCGGCUGUUGAGUUGACUCAUGGUCUUCUUUACAGGGACCCAGUGAGCCUUUUUGAACGAGAGAGAGCAGCAGAACGGAUGUUGGCUGACUGCUUCACAGAUUGUUACCAGGAGUCAGUGACCUUUGACGAUGUGGCUGUGGACUUCACCCAGGAAGAGUGGAAUUUACUGGACCCAGUUCAGAGAAAUCUAUACAAAGAUGUGAUGCUGGAAAAUUAUGAGAAUCUGGCCACUGUAGGAUGUCAGCUCAUGAAACCCAGGCUGAUUUCUUGGUUGGAACAAGAAGAGUCAAAGACAGUGCAAAGAGGUCAAAGAGGUCUCCAAGAGUGGAAAGUGCAGCUUAAUGCUGGAGGGUUGGCACACCAGGAGGCUACACUGAAGGGACACACCCCCAGUGGGAUGCAAGUGACAGGAAACCACAGUGGAGGAGAACUCUGUGACCCUAAGCAGUGUGGGAAAUUCUGCAAUGAACACUCUGGACUUGAGACACACAUGAGAAUGCAGUGUACAGGGAACACUUCUGAAUGUGAUCAGCGUGGAAUAGACUUCCUUCCUCUACACAGGAAAACCUCUUCUCGAGAGGUUUUGAAUCCAUGUGGAGAAACCCUCAGCCUAACUCCAAAUCUCACAUACCAGAAAAUAUGUACUCAGGACAAACCCUUCGAGUGCAGCCACUGUGGGAAAGCCUUUGUGAGCCUGUCACACCUUCAGGCACACAGCAGAACUCACAGUGGAGAAAACCUCUAUGAAUGGAAGCACUGUGGGAAAGAUUUCAUUCAUUCCACAGCUCUUGCUGUGUGUUUACAAACUCCCAAUGCCGAAAAGCCCUUCCAGUGUAAGGAAUGUGGGAAAGGCUUCAGAUACUCUGCAUACCUUAACAUCCACCUGGGAAGCCACACUGGAGGCAACCCCUAUGAGUGUGAAGAGUGUGGGCAAACCUUCACUAGGUCUUGUCAGCUGACUCAGCAUAGAAAAUCUCAUACUGGAGAGAAACCUUACAAAUGUAAGGAAUGUGGCAAAGCUUUCACUGUGUCCUCAUGCUUGAGCCAGCAUUUGAAAGCUCACACUGGAGAUAAGCCCUGUGAAUGCAAAGAAUGUGGCACAGCUUUCCCUAGAUCUCAACUUACUGAACACCUACAAACUCAUACCACAGAGAAGCCUUUUGAAUGUGAAGUCUGUGGAAAAUCCUUUAGAAAUUCCUCUUGCCUGAAUGAUCACUUUCGAAUUCACACUGGAAUAAAACCCUACAAAUGUAAGGACUGUGGGAAAGCCUUCAUUCAGAACUCAGACUUGACAAAGCACGUACGAAUCCACAGUGGAGAGAAGCCAUAUGAGUGUAAGGAUUGUGGGAAAGCCUUUGCGAGGUCCUCUCGCCUUAGUGAACAUGUGAGAACUCACACUGGAGAAAAGCCCUUUGAAUGUGUCAAGUGUGGGAAAGCCUUUGCAAUUUCCUCAAAUCUGAGUGGACAUUUGAGAAUUCACACUGGAGAGAAGCCCUUUGAGUGCAAGGAAUGUGGGAAGGCAUUCACACAUUCCUCCAGUCUUAAUAAUCACAUGCGGACUCACAGUGCCAAAAAGCCAUACACAUGUUUGGAAUGUGGGAAGGCCUUCAAGUUUCCCACGUGUGUUAACCUUCACAUGCGAAUUCACACAGGGGAAAAACCCUAUGAAUGUAAACAGUGUGGGAAGGCCUUUAGAUAUUCUAAUUCAUUUCAGUUGCAUGAAAGAACUCACACUGGGGAGAAACCUUAUGAAUGUAAAGAGUGCGGUAAAGCAUUCAGUUCUCCAAGUUCCUUUCAAAAUCAUGAAAGAAGGCAUGCAGAAGAGAAACUGUCAAUAUAAGGAAAAGCCUAAAGGUGUUGUGUCCCCAUUCACUUUGGAAGAUAUGAAAUAAGUCAGUGGGGGAGAAAUCUUAUCAAUGUUAAGGAAUGUGUAACCAUCUUCAUCACUAAUCUCAGGGCUUAAUGAGCACAUAAGGGUUUACUGUGAAGAUGAUCAUAUAUCAGUAGAGAAUGUGAAAAGAUUUCACAAAAUCCUCAAUACUUACAUGUCAGAAAUCUCACUGGAGAGAAGUCCUGUGAAUGUAGAGAAAGUGGGAAAUCUUGAAUCAUCAGACAUUAAUGUGCAUAUCAGGGUACUUCAAAAGUUCAUGGAAAAAAUGAAAUUAAAAGAUAAGUAUAUUUUGGUGCAGAUUAUUUUGGAAAUCCAUGCAGAGUUUUUUUUGUAAUAUGUGUUUCCAAUGAACUUUUGAAGAUACCUUGUAUGUGAUUUCACUUUGGAGAGGAAAUCUUAUAAUUUCAAAGACCUUCCCCUGCCUUCUUCACCAGCAUUAAUUUUUUGAAACCUUAAUGUCUAGGUCCUCACAAUAUAACUGCAUUUGGAAUAAGAUAUUUAAAAAUGUGAUCAGCUUUAAGUGAGGAGAUUAGGGUCAAUCCCUAAGUCAGCACCAUUUGUGUCCCUGGUAGACACAUGGAAAAGACCAUGUGAGGUCACCAGAAGAUGACCAUCUGCAAACCAAGGACAGAGGCCUGUAAUAGAUCCUUCUAUGAGGGUAGUUCAGAAAGUUCAUGGAAAAUGGAAUUAGAAGGUAAGAUGAUUCCAUGCAUACCCAUGUUAUGGCCUCCAGGGGAACCAGCCCUAACCACACCUUGAUAAUGGGCUUUCAGCAUCCAAAAUUUUGAGACAAUAAAUUUCUCUUGCUUAA